AUUAGCUGUUGCAAUCGGUACACACGGAGCAUCUUCUUCGUCUUACUAGAUCAAGCCACUAAGCCACUAAGCAGCUCAGCAGCUAGGUGGAAAAAUGUGUUACUCUCUCUCUUUACAAUCUUCAAUAGACUUCCGUAAUCGCAGCUCCAUCAAAAAAAUCCAUGGAGAUCGAGCAAUCUUGAUUUCGAACCUGAAAUUCCCGGCGUUAGCCAAGCGAGAUCGUCGGAGAAAGUUGUUACUCUGCCGCGGGAGAGGCGUCGGCUCAUUGAGAUUCUGCGGAGACACUGCCGUGGAUCUAUGUGGCCUCCCGCGCCAUCGAUUAAGAGUAGAUUGCAGCGAUGCUCGCCGUACGCCCCAAGAUACGGCGGCGUCGGAGCAACCUAGUUUUUCGGAGUUUAUAACUUCGGAGAGGGUGAAAGUGGUGGCGAUGCUGGCGCUUGCCCUGGCGCUAUGCAAUGCGGACCGCGUCGUGAUGUCCGUCGCGAUUGUGCCUCUCUCGCUUUCUCGAGGAUGGAGCAAGUCCUUCUCCGGUAUCGUUCAGUCAUCGUUCCUGUGGGGAUACCUAAUUUCACCAAUAGCUGGGGGAACUUUGGUGGACCGUUAUGGCGGUAAGGUAAUCAUGGCGUGGGGAGUAGCUUUGUGGUCGUUGGCUACUUUCCUUACCCCUUGGGCUGCUGAUACUUCUUUGUGGGCUCUUCUUGCUGCAAGAGCUAUGGUUGGGGUUGCUGAAGGUGUGGCUCUUCCUUGCAUGAACAACAUGGUUGCAAGAUGGUUUCCUCCUACAGAACGUUCUAGGGCCGUUGGUAUUGCCAUGGCAGGAUUUCAGCUUGGAAAUGUUGUUGGACUCAUGCUGUCUCCUAUUCUCAUGUCUCAAGGCGGUAUAUAUGGCCCUUUUGUUAUUUUUGGGUUAUCCGGUUUCCUAUGGAUGCUCGUUUGGCUCUCUGCUACGUCAAGUACACCAGAUCGACAUCCUCAGAUUACAAAGUUUGAGCUUGAGUACAUAAUGCACAAGCAGCAAACAUCUACUAAGGAGAACAAGCGAAACACCACAGGGGUAAUUCCUCCUUUUAGACGCCUACUCUCCAAGAUGCCGACUUGGGCUGUCAUAGUUGGAAAUGCCAUGCAUAGCUGGGGGUUUUUUGUGCUUCUUUCAUGGAUGCCCAUCUACUUCAAUUCUGUAUAUCAUGUGAACCUCAAACAAGCUGCUUGGUUUAGUGCCGUCCCGUGGAGUAUGAUGGCUUUCACAGGAUACAUUGCUGGUUUUUGGUCGGACUUGUUGAUACGACGUGGUACGAGCAUCACUCUAACGCGGAAAAUCAUGCAGUCCAUUGGUUUCAUUGGUCCUGGGAUUGCUCUCAUUGGUUUAACUACAGCAAAACGACCUUUAAUAGCAUCUGCCUGGCUAAGCUUAGCCGUUGGGCUUAAAUCAUUCAGCCAUUUGGGGUUUCUUAUCAAUCUUCAGGAAAUUGCCCCAGAAUAUUCCGGUGUGCUACAUGGAAUGUGUCUUACUGCUGGGACAUUGGCUGCAAUAGUUGGUACAGUUGGAGCUGGUUUCUUUGUGGAAUUAUUGGGAUCCUUCCAAGGAUUCAUCCUUCUUACGGCAAUUUUAUAUCUCCUCUCUGCUCUCUUUUACAACAUUUAUUCAACUGGAGAAAGAGUCAAUUUUGAUGCAACAGGGUGAAGGACCACAAAAUCCAGUUAAUAAUAGGUGGUGAUGGAUCAGCAAGUAGAGAAGCUGAAAACUCUACAUAGAGUCAGCUUCUUCUCUCGCAAGUAAGUAUCAGGAAAGAGUUGCAUCUGCCUUGUAUAGAAGAAUCUAGAAAAUAUCUCUCUCUACCUUCUUCUUCUCUACUGGUUCAGUUUUCACGAAUAAUAGAAACGUUUAUGUGAAAAAGUUUGCAAAUACAACUGAUUCUACACUAAUUGAUAGUGUAAGUAAGUUUGAGUUAAUACAUUUUAUCAAACA